CUAUGUUUUUAUGCCAGGCUUUCGCUUUCCACUGGAAUAGAAAUGACUUGUCCCUAAGCUAGUAGAAUUGUGCCGCGCUAAAAGAAACCGUGUAAAUUUAUAUCUGUUUUUGGAAGGAUUUUUAGUCGAAACGACUUCAAGAUGUUUGGGUUUGGUAACGUAUUUCCUGAGAUGCCGGGGCGAUCAUUUACUCAGACAUAUCGAUGUUACUCAGUGACAAUGCUGGGGGACAGAGAAGACGUGGACAGAGGAGGAAAAAUUAUAAUGCCCCCUUCAGCACUGGACCAGCUAACACGUCUGCACAUCCAGUACCCAAUGUUGUUCAAACUACAGAACAGGAAGGCUGACAGAAUCACACACUGUGGAGUGUUAGAGUUCGUCGCAGAUGAAGGCCGCAUAUACAUCCCCUACUGGAUGAUGCAGAACCUAAUGCUGGAAGAAGGUGGUUUGGUCCAGGUGGAAAAUGUGUCGUUGUCCGUGGCAACAUUUGCCAAAUUCCAGCCUCAGUCAGUUGACUUCUUGGACAUCACCAACCCUAAAGCUGUACUGGAAAACGCAUUGCGGAACUUUGCCUGUCUGACAUCAGGGGACGUUGUUGCCAUCAAAUAUAAUGAGAAGAUAUAUGAAUUGUGCGUGCUGGAAACAAAGCCUGGCUCAGCUGUUUCUAUAAUUGAAUGUGAUAUGAAUGUGGACUUUGCCCCACCUGUGGGUUACCAGGAGCCACAGAGACAUGUGCGAGGAACAGAACAGACAGACUCACCAAGUGAACAAGAAGCAGAACAGUUUGAAGAUUUAUCCUUUCGGGCUUUUAUGGGUCAGGGGAACAGAUUAGACGGGAAGAAAAAGGGAACAGAAAGUUCACCUAUGACAACUCAGGGAGGGAAUGGCAAGCGUGGUAUUCCAAACUAUGACUACCGUAAAGGAACGAUUACAUUUAUUAGGACUUCAAGAUCUGCAGCCAGUGAGGGUGGAAAUGACAAAAGUGACAAAGAGUUUGAAGCUUUCUCAGGAUCAGGGCAGUCUCUACGAAAGAAGGGACGAAAAUAAAUAUGUUUACGGCACACCUCAUAUAACGUUCAGGGCAUUAAACAAAAACAUGAUAUUUUCAGUACAUUUUGUUUCUAAAAGGUAUGUAUGGGUUAUUUCAGACUCUGUUUUUGUAAUGUAAGAAGUUAAAAUUGGGGUUAAGAAUUUAGGAUCGUUCUAUAUUGAAGUUUCUAAUCACGCAAAAUGGAUUUAAUUCAUCAAGCUUCAAAUUUUUAAACAGCAGUCGCUUUAGAAGCAACUAACUCUUUAUAGUAAAUAGUCUCAUACUUCUGGUUAAAAAUCAUGGGGAAAAAUUUGUACCUUUUCCAUCUCAACAACUGUCACCUUCAACAAAACAGUGUGAAGUAUUAGAACGAAUACCUGUGAUAAGCCCAUCACAGUAUCAGCAUAUACCCGUCAUGUGUCUGUAGCAUCAGUUUUGAAUCACUUGUCAUGUUUUAAAUCAUGAAAUACACACCUUGA